GAGGUUUUGUAGUAAUUUGGAAAUCAAUUGUUUCUUCUACGGAAUUCUUUAUCAUGACUACGACGGCGGCGCAGCUUCCUGAAAACCCUAUCAAAACCCUAGUUCAGUCACCGGAUCCAAAUCCGACCGCCGUUUCUGAAGCUCCGGCUCAUGAUUCCGCAACUGACUCAUUGAAAUCGCCAACGUCUGAUGGAGUUAAGGACCAAGCGAAGUUGGAUAAGGCGGCGGAUGGAGGCGGCGGCGGCGGCGGUGGUAAGGAUACUGAUAUACAGAAAAAGAUGAAGCGAGCAGAGAGGUUUGGAAUGACGGUUCAGCUUUCGGAAGAGGAGAAGCGAAACACUCGAGCUGAGAGGUUUGGCACGUCUGCACCUCAGGGUUCAGAUGCUUCAAAGAAAGCUGAAGAGCAGAAGAGGAAAGCUAGGGCUGAGAGGUUUGGGCUUAGCCAAUCUGAUAGUACUGAUGAGGAUGCUAAGAAGAAAGCUAGGCUGGCAAGGUUCGCACCUCCUGCGAAGGCUGAUCCUGUGGAGGAAGAUAAAAGGAAAGCUAGGGCCCUCAGGUUUUCACAGUCCAAGUCUGGUUCCCAAUCACAAGAGAACGGCAAAGAAAAAACUGAGCAGGAGACUGUUGCGGUGGAGAAGGCUGGAGGAGGAACAUGAACCAUUCUCAAACUUCGUUCAACAGCAAGAGUUACUUAAGAUGUAUAGUUUAUUGUUGCUGCGGAAUGGUUAGGAGUUCUGUUAAGAGUGACUUUAAAUUCCCAAAGUUUUUGUUUUAGUCGUUUUUGGAGUUCCUUGUUUAGUUUGGUAGGUUAGAAGUCUUAACAUUAGCAAGUUCCCUAGUAGCAGGUCCAUCCUUCAAAAUGGGGAAAAUGGCUUUUGUCGUCUCUUAGGUUAGCCAGUAGUGCUGGGAUACAUGGACCACAACCUCCUUAGUGUGUUAUUCUGUCAGAAGUGACGACCCAUAACCAAUAUUUGAAAUCAACUUCUUUUAAAAAAACUUAUCUGAAACGAUUAAACUACAACCUCAAUAUUUCCUACUUGAAACCUUUGUUUUUGACAACUUCAUCAUCGGGCUUUCCUUUAUCAAUCUGCAACUGUUCUUUCUCAUUCUUGUGGUUUUUCAUUUCACCUAAAUGAGAAAAUGGUGCAUAUCAAGGAUCUACUGGUGAUAGCAUUUCUGAUUUCUCCAAGUGCUCAAUGUAGUACCACAGAUACUUGAUUAGAUGUCCACUCUUGUGAUCUGGAUGGUCCUUCAUGACUUGUCGGUAGAAAGUUAAAAGUUUUUGCUAAUCUAGAAAAUAAGUAGUCACCCUUUAUGACAUACUGGAGGCAUCAUAUAUUAAUUCUAGUUUGGUCAGAUUGUUAGUGAUAUUCUUAGUUGGCCUUGCAAGUAGGAAAGGUAAGACUAGUUUUUAUUGCAUCGAGGGCCUUAAAUUUUGUUCAAGAAGAACCACUUGAUUGUGCUACAUCUUUGCAGAGUUUUGAAUUCAGAGAAGGUUUUACUGUAACAUCGCUGCCCGUAUGAUGAUGAAGUUAUCAAAUCCAUAUUUCUAUAACAUUUAAGCUGGUGUGCUUGGGUUUUGUUUAUCUACAAGGUUAGUGUUUCAGUUUUUGAUGUCGUGGGUCAUAUGCAACAGAUUUAACACUAAGGAGGUGUGGUCAAGUAUCUUGGUAUUUGGGUGAAUCGUGUAGGCUGUAGUCAAUAGAUGUCGGAGUUAGUAUAGUCUCUUGCUAUUUUGUUCUUGAAGUUCAGUAGCAAGUGGUUGUAUUUCGGUUACUUGAAUUGUAAAGACAGUAAAUUUGUUGGUGACAAUCUGAUAUUUGCACUCAUACUAACGUUCAUUAUGCUUGUGGU